GGUAAGACGCGUGUACGCACAGAUGAAAAGCCCCCUAACAAAUAAGAGAGCAAGAGAUCAACUGACGUUCAGUGCCUAUCGUCUCGUCUUCUCUCUUACCCCUCACCCCCUUCUGAUCUUUCGAUGGGGUUGGGGUCCCUUCUCGUCGCACAUUUAUCAAUAUGCACUUGUAGGGCGUCUUUGGGCCGGCCAAUCGCCUCAGAUGCAUCCAACUAGAAUAUCCGAUGCGAACAUUUAAGCAAGAUGCUGAUGGAAUUUCCGGGAGCAUGCAGCUGCAACCCCCCGCCAGGCAUGGAGGCCCGACGUGGACAAAAGGCGGCCGACUACAUGAGAUGACAUUUCCUCCGGCUUCGAGUGAUAAACAACUUUGAUAACUUAUUAAUGGUACCUACCUCUCAGGGGCGAUCGUCAUUCCAUAGAAAUUAAAAAGCUUUCGAGGCACAACCGCAAGGAGUGGACUCAUCGUUACCACCACCAACUAUAGAACAGACGGUCAUUCUGGUCUCCAACUACGGGAUAAUGGAGACUUCGAGUCAUCCGGAUGAUACCUUGAGACAAUGGAGGAGCUCCUUGAUGCUUCGAAGAGUUGACGUUGUCGGGGACUUUGCCGGAAAAGAGCUCUUCGGUGUCCACGGAGAGGCGCUCGUUGCUCAUUGCCUUGCCCUAGCACAGGUCGACUAUGAGGAUGGCUUUCAACUGCUUCAUACUGUGUAUGCCGUAGAGCGCUUCCUAAGCGAACUCCAGCGGUGUGGGUGCAACUUUCAUAUCCUUUGGUUCGACGACUGUCGGAGCGUAUCCGUGCCUCAUUCUGCCAGCGCCCAGCCAGCCAAAUACCUCUUGACGCGUGCGGUUCUGAUUGAGCAUUUUCGAAACCCGCCCAACCCGACCUGCUUAGAGGGACACGAGAGUACUCUCCACGCCUCCCGCCAUAGCAUCAGCUUCGUAUUUCCUUCGAUCUUCAGCGACGAGUUUCGUCAAUAUAUCGGCGCGAAUGCUCUGCAUUUCAUCCUGUGUUCGGAUGCCGAACCAGGACAACUAGACACCGACGAUAGAUUGACAAAUCACCUAGCAGCAAUGUAUUCGUUUAUGCAGACAGGGCAUUCUCUAGGGUUCGUCAACGACAUCGAGUUUCAAAGUACCAAGGUGUACACGAACGUCGUGAUGCCAUCACGAUCCCCCUUGCCUCUUUCAACAAUCAAGUUCAAGAACUUACAGCAGUACAUGCCAGAACUAGAUUUGUCACAGACCUUCGAGCGCCUCAGCAAUCACCCAUGGGCGACCACUCGCGACGUCAGCGUCCGAGAGCAGAUAGCCGUUGUCACCUGUGCGUCGGUCUUGUCAGCAGAGCCCAGUACCGAGAACCAGAAACAUGUUGCAGCCUUCCUCAUUCAUGUUGCCUUACUAGAGCGUACCAGUCUCUCUCAACGGUCAUACCCAAAACCGAAAAGGGACAACAGCCACGCCUGCGAACAAUUCCUGGAAAAAUAUUCAUACAUCGCCACCAACAUAAUUCAGAGUUGGCACAGGUUUUAUAACCGACAUCAAACCAACAUGGAUGUUUUUGACUUGGUUGACGGUCGGCUCUAUCAGCACGUCCUCAACUGCUUAGACACGUUGAACUUGGUCACUGAAGUCUCUCCUUACAUUAGGGUAGUGAGGGAUCUGGUCGGCUCGGAUGUGCUAAGCGGCCUACUCGACUGUACCGCAACCCUCAGCAGCCAGAAAACUCGGCAGUCCGACUCCAUCGUCGAGAAGAACACUGCCGAGCCACGUGAGCCAUCACAUGCUCUUCUCCCCUUCAACCAUCCCGUUUUCGACAGGUAUUUAGGUGAUAUGCGACUACAGACAGACUCGUCCUGGAAGCCUCCCACGACGUCUCUGAUCUUCCAGGAUCUGACCCACUGGCACAAUGCCAAAAAGCCGGUUGAUCCUAAACAUGUCAAGAAGCCUCUCGGAUAUUUUGCCAGAAAACGAAAUCAGAAGUUCAUGGCCGAUACGAUUGCAUAUUCGGCUAGUUUGACAAACGCUUCUGGCAAGAACAUCGAUCCGGAGAUUAUUGCGGUUCAGGUUGAUAACGGAAAGCACUCGGGUUCAAGCCCCAAGAUCUCGAGGUCGAAACAGCCACCCAAACCAGUCAAAGGAAAAACGAAGCCUUCAGGAAAGCAGGCAGCCCGUGAGGCGGCUAUGGCUAUCCAGACGAGACGAAUGGAGAACAAAUCUUCAGCCGUGAUCAACUUCUGGCAGGAGCGCUGCAAGGAGUUUCAGAGGGAGACAUCCUUAGUCAAGCGGUACUUGAAGGCUGCCAAGUACUUCUCUAGCCUUUCGAAGUCCGACGUGGAUACUAUCGGUGCUGAAGUGCUGUUGUUUCUGUGCAGCACACUUUGUCUUCUCCGCGAGUCCUCCAGGAAUCCAACAGACACAACGAGUUUAGGUAUUGUCGCUCUGGCUUGGGCAAACGUCCUGGAGAUGCAGAGUUUACCGAUGAAUAUAGAGACUAGACAACAUGCGGAACGGCUUGCUACUGCUCUCAAGCUGCCGCUAGGCCCGGCUGCCCCGGGAUGUCUGCCCCGACGGCUGCCAUUUGAGAUCCUUAUCCGCAAAGCAGCAGUAACAUUGCCAAUGAACGAGAUCGAGUUUCAACUGGAGCACUGUGGCCCUUAUCUCGAGCGAAGCUUCGAUUCCGCACCCGACCCACGCGUCCCGUUCAACCCCGAUGCUUGGCAGCGAAGAGUGCUGGAUGCCAUCGACGAGGACAAGAGUCUGUUUGUCGUUGCCCCUACAUCGGCGGGAAAGACAUUCAUCUCCUUCUACGCGAUGAAAAAAGUCCUGCAGGCGAAUGAUGACGAUGUUCUGGUCUACGUGGCUCCUACCAAAGCUCUCGUCAACCAAAUCGCUGCUGAGAUCCAGGCUCGAUUCUCUAAGUCGUACCGCCACGAAGGACGGUCGGUUUGGGCAAUCCAUACGAGAGACUAUCGUGUUAAUAACCCAAACGGUUGCCAAGUCUUGGUGACCGUCCCACACAUCCUGCAGAUCAUGCUUCUGGCUCCGUCGAAUGCACAGGUGCCAAAAUCCUGGGCUCGUAGAGUGAAGCGAAUUAUCUUCGAUGAGGUCCACUGCAUCGGCCAAGCCGAGGACGGCGUUAUCUGGGAGCAACUGCUCUUAUUGGCUCCGUGCCCUAUCAUUGCCCUGUCUGCAACGGUUGGGAACCCGCUAGAGUUCAAGGAGUGGCUGGCUGGCACACAGAAGUCGAAGGGCUUCGACCUUAUCAUGGUGACACACUCUGCGCGUUACUCCGACUUACGGAAGUUUCUAUAUACGCCGCCGACUGAUUUCGAGUUCAAGGGUCUAAAGACCGUGGAGCGCUUACCAUUUUCAGGUCUGGAUGCCCACGGCGGGAGUUCCCCCAGCGGCUCUAGGUUUGCCUUUGUCCACCCCAUUGGCAGCAUUGUAAGCAAGGACAAAGCAACACUAGACGACGCCAGUCUCGAACCUCGAGAUUGUUUUCGGCUCUGGCGAGCUAUGAGCACUUGCGAGAAUGAAGCCUUCCCCCUUGACCCUAACCUCAUCCCAGAACGAUUUUUACCAUCAAACUUCAAGAAAUCGAAUGUUCUUGAGUGGGAGCAGGGUUUGAAGGGACAGCUAUUCUCGUGGAUGACGAACCCUGAGUCUCCGUUCUCUGCUUGCCAGAAGAUGCUCCGUAACGACGACCCAGAGGAACCUACCCAGGAAAAAUCUACCCAGGAAAACAGGGCCUCGACUUUUCCCCUGCUUGUGGACCUACGGAAUCUUGGCGCCCUCCCAGCUAUUCUGUUCAACUACGACAGAAAUGAAUGCGAGAAGAUUCUUUUCACAAUCACCGAAAUCCUCGAGACCGCCGAACAGCAGUACCGAGAGACGAGCUCCGUUUGGAAGAAAAAGAUAUCAGACUUUGAGAAGUGGAGAGUUGCAAAUUCAAAGCCACACGCCGCGUCACCAAAGUUAGUGAAACAAUCCGAAAUGACCAAGGCAGAUAUGGUUCGUGAGAUGGCAACCCAGGAGAAGAGUCCUUGGGAAAGCUUCUAUCCCGAUGACCCGCUCAGCGAGUUCAGUUUCGCGGACGUGACCAAGAUCUCGCGCGAUGAGUUGGAGACUAUGCUAUCUCCGUUGCGUUCAUUGGUCCGGCCGCAGUUCAUCGAUGCUCUUCGACGGGGACUAGGGGUGCACCACGCUGGUAUGAAUCGCCAGUACAGACAGGUGGUUGAGCUGCUAUUCCGUCGGUCCGUGCUCACAGCAGUCAUCGCUACCGGCACGUUGGCGCUGGGUAUAAAUAUGCCUUGCAAGACCGUCGUAUUCACGGGCGAUUCUGUGUAUUUGACAGCCCUAAACUAUCGACAGGGUUCCGGUCGUGCUGGUCGUCGUGGUUUCGACCUUUUGGGAAACGUUGUCUUCCAUCGGAUUCCACCUCACCGAGCCAGGGAAAUAAUGUCAUCUCGACUACCGGACUUGCGAGGAACAUUCCCAAUAUCUGUCACCUUGAUACUCCGUCUUCUUGGCCUUCUGCACGGAACACAGAAUUCAGACUACGCUGUCAAGGCGAUCGAUUCUCUCUUUACCCAGACUCGACUUUACCUAGGCGGCCCAGCAUCGCAAAUGUCUAUCACCCAUCACCUACGAUUCUCUCUCGAGUACCUCCGACGGCAGGACUUACUUUCAGAGGAGGGAACCCCCCUGAACUUCGCUGGCCUCGUGGGCCACCUGUACUUUACUGAGAAUGCAGUAUUCGCCUUUCACUCACUGCUGAAAGAAGGCUAUUUCCAUGAGCUCACUUUGGAAAUCAAAAACCGGAGCAAGCAGGGUGACAUACUCCUCACAUUAGUGAGAGUCCUCUGCCAUCUGUUUUGCCGUGUUCCAUGCCACCGGUAUGCCGAUAACGAAUGGCUGUCGAAGGUCGUCCACUCGUCAACAUCCAUUGUCAUACUACCUGAGCUCCCCCAGUGGGCCAAGGAUAUACUCACGGCACAUAAUAAGGCGACACUCGGCAUAUUCUCAUCGUAUGUCCAUACGUACGUCCAGCAGCACUUGAAAGACGUGGUUGAUACGAAGCUUCCAUUCACGAAACGGCUCGCCGAACCAAAAGAACCAGUUGACAUUGCCAAUAUUGGUGUCCCUAUCCUACCUGCGCCGAUUAUACGCUCUCCGUUUGCCGCUCUUUCAGGCUUGACGGAUGAUUUCGGCAGUAUUCACGAGCUGGUCACCACCGCCCGCACCGAUGUGUUCCUUGACCAGUCAGCAAUCCCAUACAUCCCCAUCUACCCGGAGGAAACAAACAACGUGCCCUUCAAUGCGUACAUAUUCGACUUUUUCAAGCAUGGCGAUAUCCACGCUCUUGUCCGCGACAACGGCAUUAGACGCGGCGAUGUGUGGUUCUUCUUGAAGGACUUUUCGCUCAUACUAGCGACCAUCGUGGUCAGCUUGGAGACCUUCCUCAGUCAGGACGCCAAGCUUGACGAUGCCGCUAUGGCUGACAUCCAAGAUGUGAGUGACGCUAUGGAAGAAGGUUCGGACGACGAGGAGUACGAGGAUGCUGGGGUUGGGGAGAAUACUUCUAGUAUGGGGAAACUAAGCGUCCUGAACGUUUACCGGGCCUUUAAACUCCUACAGUCGCAGUUCGACGAGAAGUUUAAGAAGGUCUGGGCAUGAUCGCUUAGCUUCAGUCUGUAUUAGCUAGCUCAGGGAUAACCUGCAGCGAAGCUGGUUCCUGAUAUAAAGUAGAAGUUGGCUACUAAUGAUUGUGAUAAUGCACUAACUGAGUUAUCAGAGGGGACCGCCGCAAUGAGUUUUAGGAGUUCCGCUCGAUCUUAUAAAAUUUGAAUAAUAUACUAGUUAUUUUGUUUAUAUUUUUUAACAAAAUAUAUAUAAUCUCUAAA